GAAAAAAACACCGGCCUCGGACCCUAGGCUAAAGGAUGAAUUUCAAACAGAGGGAAAUCAGCAUAAACCUUCUAUGAAUUCUAAGCUGAAAUUACGAAUAGCCACGCUCAUUACUGUCAGUUUGAUCAUUUGCUUGUCCAUAAUCAGUACAAUGUUUGGACUUCAGAAAGAUGGAUAUAAUGAACAAAAGCGGCAAUUGAUACGUUUGCAGGAUAUAACAGAUGAUCAAAAACAGUCACUUGAAGAAAAUGUAAACCGUUUGGAAAAUGUAACAAAAAAUAACGAGGAUUUGAAGAAGCGAGUUAAUCGUCUGAGCAGUCUUUCAGUUUCAUUCUACGAAAUUUCCACCAGAGGAAAAUCCACCUAUGUACUGUUACCCGUCAGAGCGAGUUGGGAUUAUGCUCAGGUUUUAUGUUCUGAUAUUGGGGGUUCUUUAGCAGAAAUUGAAACCGAAGAGGAGUUCACGUCUUUAAACUACACUCUGCGUGUGGUUGAAGAAUUUAAAGAUGACUUAUGGAUUGGCGGUACGGAUAAAGAUAAAGAGGGUGUUUGGAAAUGGGCUUCUAGAAGCACACCUAUAAAGUUAACGUUUUGGAGGCCAGGCGAACCGAGCAAUUCUCAUAACAAUGAACAUUGUCUGGAAAUGGCACUUUAUAGUGGAUAUUUAUGGAAUGAUAUUUAUUGUGGACAUAAGCGAAGAUUUCUUUGCGAAAUUCUGCAAAAUAAUGAUUAAUUUUUUCAACAUGUUUUUUUCCAACGAAAAAUAUUUUUUUGAGUUAGUAUAAUCUUGUUUUUUUUUUUUUUUUUUACUCUUUUAUACUACUUAAUACAUCUCUCUCGUUGAUUUUUCAUUAUAGAAGUACAUGUAUUAUAAUUAAAAAUAUCUUACUAAUUAAUAAAGUGGGAAAAAAUGCAACAUUUAUGCAUAAACAUAUGACUAAAAACGUGAUACAACUACUUUCAAUUUGUCAAACAAGUACAGUUUAUGAUAUAAACAAGAAUAGGAAAAAAACUUCCAUAUUAUUUUAUAAUUAUCGUUUAACAGAGGAAAUGUACAUGAAGUUUGACCAAUUUACUUAAAAUUAAAAUUUCAUUAAAUGUUUUCAAAUUUUUAAUUUUCUCUCUGUAUUUUAUAUUGCAUGACAUGAGCAGUUCUGGGGUGGAUUACUGAAAUGAAUACAUGACUAUUUGUACAAUAUGUACUUAGUUAUAUUUGAAUUAGCCAUGUCGCUUGUCAUCUUAUUUUUGUGUGUAACC